AUGUAUUGCGCUCACUCCUGGUUCCGACUACAUACGGUAUUCUUUACUUACCACUUGGACGUUUUGUCCUAUUCUCUACUUGUUGGCAUUUUGUCCAAACUUCUUAUUUGGCAUUUUGUCCUAUUCUCUACUUGUUGGCAUUUUGUCCAAACUUUUUAUUUGGUAUUUUGUAAUAUGGCAUUUCGCUACCUAUGUCCUCUUUUUUCCAUUAUUCUUUUUCUCAACAAAUUUAUUUAUUUAUUCAGUCUUUUUCUCUUUUUCUCGCUCCACCCCUCUCAUUUUAUGUUUGUAUUUACUUUCCUUAUUAAAAGAACGGGGGGAGUGUUUUCUUUAGUUCAAAAAGCAUUUUUAAGUGUUUUUGUAUUUUAUUAAAAAAGAUUAUUAAAUAUUAUUUAGCAAAAUAUUUUUAAGUGUAGUCGACACCUUUUUGUGUUUCUUUUAAAAAAAUUUUGUAGGUUACGGUAUUGACUUUUGCGAUUUUUGAGUUUUUUUUAUUAAUAUUACUGUAAUCAUUACUGUAAUUAAAUGUUUGUAGGAAUACUGUAAGUCUUCUAAUAUACCUAACUAGGGUUGCCGUUUUCGGUCGGGCCGACGUUCGAGACAUUUUUCGGGCCUCAUUUUAUCGAUUCGGGUCGUACUAGUCUUUCGGGCCAAUUAUCCUAUGCCCGACUCGAUCUUUCGCUUCGAGUCGGGCGAUUUUGGCAACCCUAUACCUAACCACACUUUCACACUUUUCAACAAGCACAAUAAGCACACACCCUCCGAGAGGGUUGAAAAAUAAAAGUUCUAUUAGUUUUACUGUAUUAGAAGUUAGGUAAUUGUUUUAAUUUAAAGUGUCGUAUUGGGGAAGAGAGGGGAGGGAGAUGUGUUGGCCUUCUUUAGAUUUCCUUAUUAAAAUUUCUCUCAAAUUUCUCUAUUAGCUAUAUUCAAAUCCAAAUCUCUUAUCCAUAUCUCUUAUAAGGUAUGUCAAUGUUAAUAUUCUGUUAUCUGCACGCAUUUUCAUUUUCCCCCCAUUCUAUUUAUUUUUAAUCAUUCAUCAUUCUUCAAGUUCACUCCAUUUCCCUGUGGUAUAUUCAAGCCAGACAAGGAUUAAUAAAAACCAAAAAUUAAAAAAUAAACUUUUGUGAACUAAAUUGCUGUCCGUUAAUGUACUGUUAAAUUUUUACGAGUUGUAGUAAUUAGGGUUGCCAUUUUCAAGUUUGAGCGACGGUAAGGCAUUUUUUCGAGGCUUGUUUUUAUCGAGUCGGGCAUGUACAAAUACUUAGGCCCGACU